UUCAAUUAGUCUGUUUCUUUUCGUUGAUCGUGAUUGGAUCAGUUAUGAAGUUGGUUAUUGUAUCAGUUCUGGUGGCAUUUCUUGCAGUAUUAGCUCAUGCGGAUUCUGACACUUCCUUGGAAAAUGUCAGCCUUCCAUAUCCAGCGCGCAGAUCACUGCAUGGUGUACAAGGUCACGCCACUCGGGGAAAUCGUAGACGUCAUGUAGACCACGUAGAUGCUAAAUGGGAUACAUCGGACAUGGAUAUCGAUGACACUACUGUCGGUUCCUCAAGACGUUCAUUAUCAAAAAGUGAUGACACUGCUGUCAAAUCAAAAUCUUCUAUGCCCGAUAUGUCAUUCCUCUUGCCAUAUCUUAGAACAUUGAUUGUCGAAUUACUUAAGAAAUUAGACGGAACAAGUUGGGAAAAAGUUGGCCAUCACACCCUAGCUGCUAUUGAUGAAAUGAUUGAAAUUCUUACCAAAUCUGAAAAAUCUAAAACUACUGAUUAAAUUUUAUGACAAAUAAUAACAUUAUUUGACUCAUAAUCGUAUGCAAAUAUAAUGACUAUAUUAAUUAAUUUCGUCAUCAAGUCUAAGUAAUUAUUAUUUUAAACUGUAAUUAUGUAAUAAAAAUAUCUGAAAAAUAA